AUGUCGUUCGGAUCAAAGGCCGCAGAGAGAUUAGCAGACAAAAUCAUUUUAAUCACCGGAGCUUCUUCCGGGAUUGGUGAAGCCACAGCCAGAGAGUUUGCUUCGGUUGCUAAUGGUAAGAUCAGAUUGAUUUUAACUGCAAGAAGAGAAGAACGGUUGAAGAAACUCAGUGACCAAUUGAAGAUUCAAUUCCCUCUGAUCAAAAUCCAUUCUGCCCCAUUGGAUGUUUCUGUUAAAACUCAAAUCAAACCUUUCAUUGCUGGGUUACCAUCUGAGUUUGCUGACAUAGAUGUCUUAAUCAAUAAUGCGGGUAAGGCAUUGGGUCGUUCUAAUGUAGGAGAAAUAUCUGAUGAUGAUUUAGAUGGAAUGAUGCAAACCAAUGUGUUGGGAUUAAUCAAUAUGACUCAGGCAGUUUUGCCCAUUUUCAAAAAGAAGAAUUCUGGUGAUAUCGUUAACUUGGGAUCUAUUGCUGGUAAAGAUGCAUACCCUGGUGGAGCCAUUUAUUGUGCUUCCAAGGCUGCUGUUAAUUUCUUUACCACUUCGUUGAGAAAGGAAUUAAUAAAUACUCGUAUUAGAGUAAUGGAAGUUCAACCUGGUGCUGUUUUAACUGAAUUUUCCUUAGUAAGAUUCCAUGGUGAUCAAGAUGCUUCUGAUGCCGUUUAUAAGGGAACUGAACCACUUACUGCACAAGACAUUGCUGAAAUCAUUGUGUUCGGUGUAUCCAGAAGACAAAAUACCGUUGUAGCAGAGACUCUUGUAUUCCCAAGUCAUCAAGCAUCUGCAUCACACGUAUACAAGAAACCAGAAUAG